AGGACUAGGCCAAUAAAUUCUUUUUGUUAAAGUCUAUCAAGUUUUAAUAGUUAACCACUUGCGAUGUUUACAAAUUGGCUGACAGGAAGUACAGGCAUCGGAACUAAUAAUAAUGUCAAUGUAGAAAAUAAUAUAGCAUCAGCUGCGGUGGCAACACCUACGAUUUCAAAUUCAACGGGUACCGGGCUAAUGUCGACACCACCAGACGUAGUAUUAGAAGUUGGCCCAGCUCCAAGUGUACGAUUCGUGGCACACAGUAUGGUGCUUGGCAUGCACAGUGGAUAUUUACGUUCUGCAAUUAGACUGGAUGAGAAUGCAUCAAUUAUUGGGCACGCGUCGACUAAUGCAAUACUAUAUCUUACCAAUGUCACGCCUGACCAGUUUGCACCGCUGCUUACCUAUAUGUACACAGGUUAUUUAGACUUAAAUUUAGAAAAUAUCUUUGGUGUCCUAUUGGCUACACAUGUUUUACAUAUGCCACGUGCUUUAGAAAUUUGUCGUACAUUUCUAGCUCGUGCACAAACAGAAGGUUAUUUAAACAAUAGUAUUCCAAAUUUAGCCAAUACUUUAUCGACCCUUACUACAGCCAACGACACUGUCAAAAUAAUACGCCCUAUUCCCAGCAAAGCUACAAUGCCCAACUAUGGAUUUUUACCACAACAACUUGUGAUGCAAUCUGUCAACUCCUCUGUAGGGUUAGCUACUGUAAACGAAAAUUCAUUUAAAACAAUGCCACAAUCUUAUGUAAUGCCUAUUCUUCAAGAACAGCAGAAGACAUUAAGAGACCAAAACGAAGAAAUCGAUGUCGAUCGAAACUCUAAUAGAAAUGAACAAGAAAAUGAUGACGAAGACGAAGAGGUCUUCAUUGACAGCAAUUCCACAACUGAUAACGAAGUGGAUACAGAAAUAGACUGCACAAUAUCUGUGGCAUCAAAGUCACCUUCAUAUAACAUACAUCAAUCAAUCGCCAAAUCUAUAAAUGCCUGUAAGGAAAAAUCGACAAUAGCAGUUGAGAGGACAAUAAAAAAUAACAAAAGUCUUGAAUCACAAACUCAAUAUUCUAACCAGCAAACGAAUAAGACCGCUACAAAAAUUAACAAACACGUUAAACGUAAGCAAAUAUUCCAGAAGCCAAGUACCUCAUCAGGACUACAAAUAGCUAAAGCGCCGAUUCCAGCUUCACAAUUAGAUGCGGCUGAAAAUUCAAAAGUUAUAAUAGAUGUUGCAAGCUGUGAUGGCCCAGUACGUUUCCGACGCAUACUUAAUACCGCUUAUGGCCAUAAGCCAGACACUUGCGCAGUAGUCCCUGAACGCACACAGCAAAGCGUUUCGCUUUCAUUUCAUCAACAAAUGGCCAAGACUAUAAGCCAACAGCGACAACUGCUACAAGCUGAAGAGUCGGAAAAUAGCGAAUCAAGUGGAGGUGGAGGAGGCAGUGCAAAGUGCUCAAACGGCCCUGGUAAAAAUAACGCAAAAAACAAUACAAGUGAGAUUUAUGUUUGCGUGUAUUGCAAACACACAUUUAAGUCCCAGUAUUGCUACCAAAAACACGCCAAACGCCACUUAAAUCCUCUAAGCUUAAAUUGCACCAGCUCCACUGGCACAAUCAAUGCACUCAAUAUUGAUCAUAGCCACAAUACUAACUCAAUACACACCAACACUUUUGACGCAAAUGCAUACACGCACAAUCAAGUACAAUCGGUACCAACCACUGGCAUUAAGCAGAACGCCACAGAGCUCUUACGACGUGAAGUACGUCCAUUGGAUAUGAAUGUGCAAUAUUACCCAUGCAAGACGUGCGGCAGUAAAUUUCCGAGCUACUAUUUUGUGCACAAGCAUCGCAAAAUGUGCCACGCUGAUGAGGAACUAACUGAAGGCCCCAACUCGCGAAAUGGUGGAGCCAGAGAUGAUGUAGUUGUCGAUGGAGAUGGAGAUGGGGAUGGGGAGGGAGGUGGAAGUAAUGUUAGUAAUAACCAAAAAUUAUGCUAAAUUAGGAAUAUUGCUUAAGGAAAAAAACAU